UCCAACAAGCACAUGUUCACCCCUUUUCUAGCACACCUAUAGUUUGCUAACAAGUCAAUAGCUAUGGCUGAUAGACAAGAUCCUGAACAAGAAUACAUAUUUCGAAAUAUUCAACUCUUCAAGAAUGAUACCCUGGGUACUGGCUCUUACGGGGCAGUGUGUAAAGCCAAGUGUGACCAGCUACUCUGUGCUGCCAAGCUACUCUAUCCAGUGCUCUUCCAAAUGACUGUUCCAGAUCUUGGCAAAGAACAUAGACACCCGUUUAGAAGAUUCGAAACAGAGUGUGCAUUUCUGAGUCGUAUCAACCAUCCCAACAUUGUACAGUACUUGGGGACCUAUCGCGAUCCCGACACAAAUGCACCAGUUCUUCUCAUGGAGCUCAUGGACGAGAGUCUGACACACUUCCUGGAGUCAUCACCUGGAGACAUUCCCUACCACAUUCAAGUCAACCUCUCCUAUGACAUAGCUCAAGCACUUGCCUUUCUCCACUCCAAUGGGAUCAUCCAUCGCGACCUCUCCAGCAACAAUGUCCUACUGAUUGCAGGCACUCGGGCCAAAGUCACUGAUUUUGGAAUGUCCAAAUUCAGGGACAUAAACGUUACCCGACUAGCCACAAUGACCACAUGCCCGGGAACACCAGCCUUCAUGUCUCCCGAGGCACUAAACGAACCACCAGUGUACACAGAGAAACUAGACAACUUCUCAUUUGGUGUGCUUCUAGUUCAGACCACAACUCAACUGUUUCCAAAUCCAACAGAUCGAUUUGAGAGUAUUCAAAUUCCUGAUCCACGAAAUCCAGGUCGCACAAUUGAAGCUAAAAUAGCAAUUCCAGAACUGGAGAGACGAGAAGCCCACAUGAGCCUGAUUGAGCCCACCCACCCUCUACUGCCGAUUGCUCGUCACUGCCUCAAAAACAGAGAUGUUGAACGACCAUCUUCCCAACAGCUUUGCCAAACACUGGAUGCUCUCAAGAUGACACCACGGUAUCAGGAAAGCUCCCAACAAGACCUGCACCAGAUGCUCAGAGAGAAAGAUGAACAACUACAAGCAAAUCAACAGCUUAUCACAGAAAAAGACACACAGCUACAAGCCAAUCGAGAGACAAUUACACAAAACAAUGAACAGUUACACAUUGAAAAUGGUCAACUCACUACAAGACUAGACCAAGCAACACAAGAAAACCAAACACUUCAACAGGAGGCUGAAGCCAGGGAGAGACAGCUGAGGAAACUCAACCAAGAGUUGCAAUCGAGUGAGGUGAACACUGCUGCCCUCCAACAAGCCAUCGAUCAACGAGACAGAAAAGUGACUCAACUGAGACAAACGUUGGCAAGCAAGAACGACAAAAUUCACGAUCUAUCGACUCGAAUACACCAAGUUGCACUACAAGAUGCUCAAGCUACACCAAUGAAACCUGUUACAAUAGAGUCACUACCCGAUGUACCUGUUGUUAUGAGGUAUGGAUCAUCAUCAUCAGCCGUGAUUGGAGACAAGGCAUACUUCAGUCCAUACACAAGUAUAACUAUUUUUGAGUUCAGCAACAACCAGUGGCACGAGUUACCACCUUGCCCUAAUGACCGCUUCACUAUUGUCAGUGUUGAUGGCGUGCUCACAACUGUGGGGGGACGGUCAGGCAGACAAUGCUAUAGUAACAAACUCUGCAGCUACAUUAACAACAAAUGGGUCAAACAUUUCCCUCCCAUGCCAACUAGACGGUGGGGACCUGGAGCUGUGUAUGCUAACAACACGCUUGUAGUGACCGGGGGAUAUGGUGACUCAAAAACUUUAAAUAUAGUUGAGAUAUUAAACACCGCUAACAAACAUUGGUCUAUUGUUGCCUCACUACCUGUGCGAACCGAUGACCUAUCAUCAACGAUCUGUAGAGACGAUGUGUACAUACACCCACAAACUAGUGAUGCUCAGGAGAAAUAUUCAGUGUACAAAUGCUCAUUAAGACAACUAACUCAGUUCCAGCCAAUCUCAGCUAUAUGGGAGAAGAUUGUCCCUUUGCCAGUUAGCCAUUCCACCCUUGUUACCAUCAAUGGUCACCUGCUGGCAGUGGGUGGGCUGGACUCCAAUAGAGAUAACACCAAGGACAUAUAUCAGUACGUAAUGACAUCAUGGACUGUCAUUAGUCAAAUGUCAACACCUCGCUCAUUAUGCCACACUGCUGCCCUUCCUGGGAACAAACUGAUGGUGGUGGGAGGAGAUCGUACAUACAGAAAAUGUGAAGCAUUUACUUUUGUACAUAGUGCCUAAUUUGUUUUUUUGUGUUUUAUAUCCUAUGUACAAGAUACUUAUG